GACAUUAAAAUUUUUCGCACCACAAGUAAACGUUCGUGAGCGGUGUUUAUAUCAAAAAGCAAGUGAAAAUUGUUUAUUGAAUUUUAUUAUUCUGCUUCGAAUUAAUUCAAAGUUCAUAUCGAAGCCAUUGUUAAAAUUAAUUCUGCGUGUUCCAGUCCGUCACCAUGAAAUUAGUGAGGUUUCUUAUGAAGCUGAGUCACGAGACGGUAACGAUUGAGCUGAAAAAUGGCACCCAGGUGCAUGGAACCAUCACCGGUGUGGAUGUGGCAAUGAACACCCACCUAAAGGCAGUCAAAAUGACCAUCAAGAACCGCGAUCCAGUUCAGCUUGAUUCGCUCAGUAUUCGAGGAAACAACAUUCGGUACUACAUCCUGCCAGAUAGCUUGCCGCUGGAGACGUUGUUGAUUGACGAUGCCCCCAAGACCAGGGCAAAGAAGCGAGAGGCAAACCGUGGUGGACAGCGUGGACGCGGCAGAGGAACUCGGGGCGGCGGCCGUGGUGGUGGUCCCCGAGGAGGGCGCGGCGGCGGUCCUCGAGGUCGAGGUAGACGUUAAACGAGCGAAUACAUGUGGAUCCUCUGUAAGAUCGUAUGCUGCUACAUUUCAUUCUCUCAACUCUAGACUUAGAAUCUUCACAGUAAGGCGGAAAGGAUUUCUCUAAAACUCCGUAUCAUUUGGAAACGAAAUAAAGUGAACUAUCCACCAGAUGGUAAGAAACAAAAA